AUGAUCGAGUUAAAACUCAAGGUACAAAAAAUGUGGUCUUUAGUGAUCGAAGAAGUGGUUCGAGACAGCUCCUGGAGCUCUGCCAAGAAGCGUCGCUGGAACGAGCGCUGGCUCAAGGCUCACGCUGUCAUCGCUGGCUCGCUUGGCCCGCGCUUAGCCGGUCGGUACAGACGACGGCUUGUGAGUUGUGAUCCUGUGCAGCUAUUUAAAGAUAUCGAGAAAGAAUACAAUGCUGAAAGCGCCGCCAAGAACGACAUCCUGAUCAAGGCCGCGAUGUUUGCGCGGAAAUUAGCUAAGCGUGAGCGUGUUGACACGUACAUCGACGCUGUUAUGCAGCUACAAAAAGAUCUCUUGGCUGGAGCAAGGAUGAAAGCCAGGGAGUUUGUAGUCAGUCAAGUACGUGGACGACUCUUGGCAAGAGAGCAGGAGGAGAAUAUGCGACUUCCUUCCAGUGGUAAUAUGAAUCUAUGCAGCGACGACCGUGUGCAAAGUGUGGCAAACUAG